AACGAUAAAUAGCAGCGAGCACGUUGUGUGGCGCACUUUGCAAGAGUUCGGUGUGUUUUUGUUUAUAGAUCCAAAUUGCAUUUAAUAAAGUUCUGAACCACAAACACGCAGCAAUGACAAAAACAGCACCGCUGAAAGGCGGACGGAAAAAGCCGGCGACAGCGCGUUACUUUGAUGCCGGCGCCGAGCAAUCCGCCGAUGCGAAACACGUGAAACUCAAACGCAAAACACAACAAAAUUUCACUGGCGACUUCAUCAAAAUGCAAGAGCGCUACAAACUGAAGCAGCCACACAACGAAAAGCGACAACCAGCAAAAGCAGAGAACGACAACAACAAGAAGAAGAAACAUCAGUUGCCCCAGGAGCUGCUUGACAAAUAUUCGCGCGGCGAUGCCGUCGAAGCGCGCGGUGUUAAGACCCGUCACUUCAAGGCGCAACAGGAGCGCAAAGAAGUCUAUCACACAUAUGCUAACGAGCAGGCGGCACGCACGGAGCUGUUGCUGCAGGAGACCGCUGGCCAACUGGAAGCGGACGAGGAGGAAACGACAGCCAGCUAUCGCCAGUCGGAGAUUGCGGCAAACGUUGAUCUGCAGUCGGCGUCGAAGCAUUUUGAGCUAAAACUCGAACACGGUCCGUACUCGAUGCGGUACACGAAGAACGGUCGUCAUUUGCUGCUGGGGGGUCGACGUGGUCAUGUUGCCGCCUUUGAUUGGGUGACCAAGAAACUGCACUGUGAAUUCAAUGUGAUGGAAAGCAUCGCGGAUGUCCAGUGGCUGCAUGUGCCCACCAUGUAUGCGGUGGCCCAGAAGGAAUGGACGUAUUUCUACGACAAGAAGGGCACCGAGCUGCACUGCGUCAAGCGCUUGGCGCAAGUCAAUCGCCUCGACUUUUUGCCCUAUCACUUUCUGCUGGCUGCCGCCAACAAUGCCGGCUAUUUGUCCUGGCUGGACGUAUCGAUGGGCCAGCUGGUGGGCAACUUCAAUACGAACCUCGGUGAUAUACGUCUGAUGCGUCACAAUCCCGCUAACGGUGUGCUGUGUGUGGGCGGCGGCAAAGGUGUCGUGUCCAUGUGGUCACCAAAGGUGCGUGAACCGUUGGUCAAGCUGCUGUCGCACACCACAGCGAUGACGGCGCUCACGGUGGAUCCCAAGGGACUGCAUCUGGUUACAGCAGGUCUCGAUCGUCAGGUCAAGGUCUGGGACAUUCGUCAGUUGGGCGCCGAGCCCUUGGCCGUCUAUCGUCUGCGUCUGCCGGCCAACGAGGUGGAGGUUUCGCAACGCGGCAUGUUGGCCCUCUCCCAGGGCACGUAUCUGGAGAGCUAUACGCAUGUGAUUGGCAGCGGCGGAGGUGGAACGCGUUAUAGCCACAAUUUACCAUAUUUACGACAACGUUGCGAUGCCUUUGUCCAUGGCAUGCGCUUUUGUCCCUACGAGGAUGUCUUGGGCAUUGCCACGGCCAAGGGUUUCCAAUCACUGCUCAUGCCGGGCGCUGGUGAACCCAACUACGAUGCCCUGGAGGACAAUCCGUAUGAGACAAGCAAACAGCGACGGGAGCAUGAAGUUCACGCUCUGCUGGAGAAGAUUCCGCCAGAAUUGAUCACGUUAGAUCCGCAUGAAAUUACGGCGGUGGAUGCGCCCACGCUGCAGGAGAAGGUUGAUGCCAAGAGGCAGCUGUUCCAGCUGAAGCCACCGCGCAUCAACAUGCAGCCCAGGCACAAGAUGAAGGGUCGCGGCGGCAGCGCCAAGAUGGCGCGCAACAAACAGAUCGUCAAGGAUCUGCAACGCAAGGAAUUCAUCACGGAGCUGCGCAAGACUAAACAGAGCGUUAUUGCCGCCCACAAGCAGCAGGACGAAGGCGCAGAAGGAGUCAACAAGAAGAAGCCCAAAGCUGCGCGCUCAGUGCUCGAUCGCUUCAAGGCGAAGCCCGUCAAGAAGCAGCAGACGAAAAAGUAGUUUGUUCAUUAAAUUUAUGUAUAGUAUAAACUCUAUUCUAUUCCUAUAUAUUUUUUUUUUGUUUUAGUUAAACAAUAUGAAAAUAAAAUAAGGAAAA